AUGGCCGAUCCUUCCUCUGUUGAAGCUCAGAUAAUUCCAGGCCUUGCUCCCCCAAUAUUUCCUGCAGCUUUGCCUCAUCUCCUCAAUAUCAGCGGGACUGUAUUUUGUACUCCCAAUGUCACUGUUUCUGACAAUGGCACUUUGCCCCCAAACCUCCAACCAUUCCCUAACGCGAAUGUGAUGUUGAAGUGCGGAAAUACAACUAUGGCAAAUACAACCACAAACGCCUCUGGGAAUUUCAACAUCGUUUCAAAUAGAUUUUCAUUAAUAUGUGCGGUCCUUCCAUUUCUCCUGCAGCGUGGCAUACUCCUUGAUCCAUUUCUCCUGAAGGGUGGCGAAUGUCAAGCCAUAGUUAAAGAACCUCCGUCUAGUUGCCACGUCUCCCUCCCGACUACGGGAAAUCUCGUAGCUCAAAUACUUCCUAUGAAUGGUACUCUUCCUGUCAUCGGCGGCAUCGUAAAUUUAGGGGUUGCUCUUUUCAGCUGCUGGGUUAGUAUAUUUUAA